AGAGGAGAGUCUGCGGCUGUGUAUGUAUAGGGUAGCUGUUCCUGAUUUUGCAUUCUCACCCAAAGCGCGACGAGCUCUAAUCAAUACCCUCGUUGAAGUAAUGAAUCCAUCGUUGUCAUCAGUGGAAGAGGAAGAGGAAUGGGCACCAAAGUGGAAAUCGCUGCAUGAAAGCCCUCAAUUCGUAUAUGGAAUGCUUGAUGGUUUUUUGGAAACAUGGGAGGAAGAAGAUUUUGAGCAUAUUGCUGAUUCCAAACACAAGAACUGCGACGACAACUGCCACCAGAGGCUUUCGGCAUUCCUUAAACAAGUUCGGGAGAGCAGGGGUUAUGAUGUGGAUGAUCCUCCGUGGUGUGUUAUGUCCCCUUUCUUUCCGAUGCAUAUGGACGAAAUUAAAAUCUACGAUAUUGGCUAUGAAGAGUUGAUUGCGAAGGUAGAGUUUGUCGUUGCACAGAUCAAUGGUGAAGCGAAGCAGCAUGGGAAACUGUAUGAAUUGGAUGAGAUAGAGAAAGUGGUGGAGGCGUGGGCCCAUAGGUGCACACUCCUUACACUUAGAGUGAAGCAAGUUAGAUUAUCAAGAAGAAAAAGAAUGAAGCAACUUGAAUCCAUCAAUGCCAAUGCUGAUGUUGUCAAGACCGUUCAAGCUACUGUGUUUGCGGAAUGUUACAACGAGCGUUUCAAAGAGUUUGAACUUGUGGAGUGGAGGUUUAAACCACUCAACACUUCCUCAGCUUAACGGGUACUCUUUUUCCUCGUGCUAAGGUUUUAAUGAGGCCCGGCCAUUCUCUCGUUGGUUCGCCUUUCUGAAUAAAAUUUCUAUUUCGUCAUCCUAUGGGUUGCAUGCUUUGUUUGGGAGCAUGGAAGUUAUGAGGUUUUGUAUUAGUAUGACAACUCCACUCAUAUUUAAAGUAGGACU